GGUGUUUUCGGUUCGAGGAGGUUUGAGAACCGGAGAGUUCUCAGUUGUUUUCGAGAUUCCGUCGCUGAAUGAACGAAUACGAAUAGGUAGCGCGGCAAGUAAACGCACACGAAGCGAGAGAAAAGCGAGGAAAAUUGAGCUAUCAAUCCGCGGGCGGCCAUUUUUUUUUGGCACCGCUUCAGUGCUCUCGUCGCAGCUUCGCCCUCCAAUUUGCAGGUGCAAUUUGUCCCAGUCGCGCAGGACAGCGAAAGUAUCUCGAAAAAUAAUUUGCAACACGUGUUCGCACAGUGCGUAUGAGCAAUAUUCGGCGGCAAGCUUGUGUUAGUGCCCAGUGUGAUCGCGAGUAAGAGUGUGUGCGUGAGUGAGCGGCACAUGGCUUCGAUUUAAAGCAUUUGAGUUUGGCAAAAAUGCACGGCCAGAAUCAACGCCUUCUUGGCCACCUCUAACACUGCGGAUAUAGCACAGUUCGAAUCAGAAAGCAAGCUGCCAAGCACAAGCCCAAACAAUAAGGGCAAACAGAAACUAACAAACUCGGAUACGUAUCAACAAUAAAUAAUCAAAAUACAGCGCUCAAAGCACCAAAGAAUCAAGCAACUACUAGUUUAGGUUACACAAUUCGCCAGCUCCUGUAGCUUCUAGCGGUGUCCUUGCAAUCAAGCCCACCAUCCAGCCAGGCACCCGACUCCCGCAGAAAAUGUUACAGCAUCCCGCCACAGAUUUCUACGACUUGGCGGCGGCCAAUGCGGCUGCCGUUCUCACUGCCCGCCACACGCCUCCUUAUAGUCCCACGGGUCUCAGCGGAUCGGUGGUUCUGCACAACAACAACAACAAUAACAGCAGCACCAGCAACAACAACAACAGCAGCAGCACCCUCGACAUCAUGGCGCACAACGGCGGCGGAGCAGGCGGUGGCCUCCACCUGAACAGCGGCAGCAACGGUGGCGGCGGCGGAGGCGGAGUGGUCAGUGGCGGAGGCGGAGGCUCCGGCGGCCGGGAGAACCUGCCCAGCUUCGGCUUCACCCAGGAGCAGGUGGCCUGUGUCUGCGAGGUUCUGCAGCAGGCGGGCAACAUCGAAAGACUGGGCCGCUUCCUCUGGUCGCUGCCACAAUGUGAUAAGCUGCAGCUGAACGAGUCCGUGCUGAAGGCCAAGGCGGUCGUCGCAUUCCACCGGGGACAGUACAAGGAGCUGUACCGCCUGCUCGAGCAUCACCACUUCUCGGCCCAGAAUCACGCCAAGCUCCAGGCCCUGUGGUUGAAAGCGCAUUAUGUGGAAGCCGAAAAACUGCGCGGAAGACCCUUGGGUGCUGUUGGCAAAUAUCGUGUUCGCCGUAAAUUUCCACUGCCCCGCACCAUCUGGGAUGGCGAGGAGACGAGCUACUGUUUUAAGGAGAAAUCCCGCUCGGUACUGAGGGACUGGUACUCGCACAACCCGUAUCCGUCGCCGCGGGAGAAACGCGAUCUGGCCGAGGCCACAGGACUGACCACCACGCAGGUUUCCAAUUGGUUCAAGAACCGACGACAAAGAGAUAGAGCUGCCGAACAUAAAGACGGCUCCACGGACAAGCAGCACCUCGACUCCUCCAGCGACUCCGAGAUGGAGGGCAGCAUGUUGCCCAGCCAGAGCGCGCAGCAGCAGCAGCAGCAGCACUCGCCCGGCAACAGCAGCGGCAACAACAGCGGCCUGCACCAGCAGCAUCUGCAGCACGUCGCCGCCGAGCAGGGCCUGCAGCACAAUCCGCACCAGCCACAUCCCGCCAGCAACAUCUCCAGUGUCGCCAGCAAAAGCAGCAGCGGGGGCGGCGGUGGCGGCGGCGGCGGUGGAGGGGGCGUGAGUGCGGCGACCGCUGCCCAGAUGCAAAUGCCGCCCCUGACCGCCGCCGUGGCCUACUCGCACCUGCACAGCGUGAUGGGCGCCAUGCCCAUGACCGCCAUGUACGACAUGGGCGAGUACCAGCACUUAUGAUUCUAGUUGGAGGCGGCCGCUGCCGCCGGUGGCAGUGGCGGGGUCAGCGGCGCAGUCAGCGGCAACAGCAGCAGCAACAUCGCCUUGCAGCAGCGACAACGCCACCAGCAGCAGCAGCAGUGUGAGAGCUUCUACUUCUGAGGAUGGCAACCUAGCAAUAUGGCCGGACUCCUCCAGCAUAGCAGCACAACCUAAACAUAUCGCCCGAUGGCUGAAAGGCUGUCAUGACUCGAUAUUCAGCUUCCAAAGGCUUUGCAAGGGAGUUCCAGUGACGACCCGAUUGGGAACUACAUUCGACAUUCGUCGGGUAACCAUAUCAAACCACAGUGGCAAUUGGCAUCUUGGCUUAAAGUGGCCUAGAGGAACCGCGGUAUCAGACAUGACAGUAUUUUGGCCAAUUACCGAUAUGCAACCAUAGCCCCACACUUUCCGGAUAACUUGGCAUUUCCGCAGCCAGAUAUAGAGAGAUAUAGAAUUGGAGCUGCAGCACAAUCUCCUGGACAGACUCCAGGAGCAAACACUUUGAACUAUGACUACUGCAUCGAUCUGUGUAAAUAGCUAGGCUUUAGUUUUAGUGCGGUUGGGAGGCCAACCGAAAUGCAAAUCAAAUCGAAACGUGCAAAAAUUAUAUAUACGAGUAUACCUACGUACAUGCAUAAAUUAUACACUUUUAAUUGUACCCCUAGUAUUUUAUUUUUGUUAAAAAUAAAUUCUAUUAAAUUAUUUUCAAAUGC